AUGGUGGUAUGCCUGAUCACCGAUGCCGAUGAGACGGCCAACAGGGAGGAGGUCAGAGACCUGGCAGUGCGGUGCAAAGGCAACAACCUCUUCCUCAACAACAUGGAGAAGGUUCUGAUCCGUCCCACCGCGUUCAAACCGGUGGUCCCGAAGAACCGCCACUCAGUGCAGUACCUCUCCCCGAGACCAGGGGGCAACCUCUCUGAGAGCCAAGGCACCCUCAACCUCCUCAUGCCCCUGUCUAUCAACGGGAAUAACGGAAAUACAGUGGUCAAUAACGUGAAUACCGUGUUCAAUAACGUGGUCAAUGGCACGGGGAGCUACGGGAACGUUGUACCUCUGGUCGGCUCGUCCUCUUCCUCAGAUAGCAAGAGGAACUCAUACAGCGGAGGACGCAACGCUCGCAGCAGCCAUUCCUGCUCCAUGUCAGACUCUGGCCGUAACUCCCUGUCCAGCCUGCCCACCCACAGCAGCCUGGCCAAUAGCGAGGCCUCCGGGUCGGGUUCAGGGUCUGUGGGGUCCGGGGUGGGCCCGGAGCCUGGGAGAACCACCACCACAAACGGGGGGUCGGGGAUCAACGGAGGUCACGCCCACUCUACCUCCCACGGUCACUCAAACUCGGACAGCGGGCGGUCGUCGUCCAGUAAGAGCACAGGGUCGCUGAGUGGGCGAGGCCAGCCCCUGUCGGACAGCGGGUCGUGUGGGCGCUCGCCCCCGACCCUGGAGGGUUACGAGGGGGUGGUUAGGGAGCUGGAGGAGAAGUUGAGGGAGAGAGACCUGGAGCUGCAGCAACUCAGAGAGAACCUGGACGAGAACGAGGCCGCCAUCUGUCAGGUAUACGAGAAGAAGCAGCUUCGCUGUGAGAGAGAGCUGGAAGAGCUGAGACAGAGCUGUUCCUCUAAGAUGAAACAGGCUUCACAGAAGGCCCAGAGAGUACAACAGGCCUUACAGCUACAGGUGUUCCAACUGCAGCAAGAGAAGAAGAAGCUUCAGGAGGACUUCUCCUCUCUGCUGCAGAACAGGGAAGAGCUGGAGAGGAGGUGUGCCUCUAUACAGAGAGAGCAGACCCAGCUGGGACCACGCCUAGAAGAGACCAAGUGGGAGGUGUGUCAGAAAUCAGGUGAGAUCUCCCUUUUGAAACAGCAACUGAAGGAGUGCCAUUUAGAGCUGAGCCAGAAGGGCGGGGAGCUGGUGGUCCUGAAGUCCCAGUUGAGAGAGGUCAGGUCCGAUCUCCAGAACAGCCAGGCUACGACCCAGGAGGCUGGGUCGGCCCUACGAACACGCUCCCUGGAGCUGGAGGUCUGCGAGAAUGAGCUCCAGCGCAGGAAGAGCGAAGCCGAGCUGCUCCGCGAGAAUGUCGGACGCUUGGAGGAAGCGUUGGCCCGCCUCCGAGAUGCCCUGGCCAAUCAGGAAGGAGGUUAUCUUCCUGGAGGCCAGGCACCAGCCACUAAGGGCCAAUGUAUGAGCCUGCCCCUCUCCCAGGGGCGUGGGGGUGUGGGGGGUGGAAGGGAGGGCCUCAGCCCCUCUGUGGGGCACCGAGAGGCGGAGGAGGGGAGGCUGGGUUGGGGAGGGGAGAGUGAUGAGACCAAGGCUCAGAGGCAGAGUGCUGAAGCUGUGCUGGGACUCAGGCAACAGGUGGAGAGGCUGAGGGCAGAGCUGAUGUACGAGAGGAGGAGCAGUGAGGAGGGGUGGGGUGGAUUUGAGGAGGAGAGGAGGGUCUGGCAGCAGGAAAAGGAAAAGGUGAUCCGCUACCAGAAGCAGCUGCAGCAGAACUACAUCCAGAUGUACAGGAGGAACAGAGAUCUGGAGAGAGUGAUGAGAGAGCUCAGUCUAGAGCUGGAGAACAGAGAUGUAGAGGACUACGACAUCCACAGCGGCAGCAACGACAUCCACUUCGAGGAGAUCGCCGCUACUGAGAUCUAGAGGGACCAUACAAGGGUGUCCUCAUGCCCCAGUGAGAUUUAGAGACCAGACAGGGGCGUAGUCUAACCCCAGUGAGAUUUAGAGAACAGACAGGGCGUAGUCUAACCCCAGUGAUAUUUAGAGACCAGACAGGGCGUAGUCUAACCCCAGUGAGAUUUAGAGACCAGACAGGGCGUUGUCUAACCCCAGUGAUAUUUAGAGACCAGACAGGGCGUAGUCUAACCCCAGUGAUAUUUAGAGACCAGACAGGGCGUAGUCUAACCCCAGUGAGAUUUAGAGACCAGACAGGGCGUAGUCUAACCCCAGUGAGAUUUAGAGACCAGACAGGGCGUAGUCUAACCCCAGUGAGAUUUAGAGACCAGAUAGGGGCGUUGUCUAACCCCAGUGUCCUCUCGCUCCCAUGACAAUUAGUACCAGCACCCUGAUUUGAUCUGAUUUCCCCAUCACUGCUACUGAGAGGUCUGCGUCCAAAAUGGAACCCUAUUCGCUAUGUAGUGCACUUAUUUUGGAUAGAGAACAGGUUACCGUUUUAAAUUUGCAUCCAGACUACAGAGGGUGUACCUGGACUUACUCCCCUAACCACAGUACCAGCACUCUUUACUUCUCUACACUCUUGGGAAAGAAUGUGCUAUCUAGAACCUAAACGGGUUCUUUGUCUGUUCCCAUAGGAUAACCCUUUGAAUAACUAGUUUUGGUUCCAGAUAGAACCCUUUUGGUUCCAGGCAGAACCUCAAACCAAAAAGGGUUCCCCCAUGGGGACAGCCGAAGUAUACUUUUGGAACCCUUUUUUGUGUGUGUAUAAUGUCAUGGACAUUGUGUAUAAUGUCAUGGACAUUAAGGGAGCAUCUCUGUCUCAGGGUUGAUUUACUCUACUAGACACUGGGAUGCACCCUCCUCUAGGCCCUCACAGGAACAGCUGACUACCUGCAGUCAGAAAGGACUCCAUCAUUUCGUCAUUCGGACUUGAAAGAAGUUUAGGGUGUAUCUCAACAGUUUAAAGUGGCUUCCUUUCCAGAUUGAGAUUCACCCUCAGACCAACACAUCCUCAUUGCCUUCUCACAUGGGUUUGAUUUCCCAGCUAUAGUACCAGCACUCUAUGGGACGUAUACUAUGACUUUUGACUUGAGAAACAAGCAGGCAUCACUCAAACCUUGCUCAAAUCAGGGUAUUGAAAGCAAUGGGAGUCGCAGAAAAAGGGCACAGAUCUCAGAUCAAGUGAAAUCAUAUCUGUAUAUAGCACACAGGGGUGACUAUCUGACGACCAGCACAUAAUGAUGACAUCACAAUAAAGAUGACAUCACCCCUCGACUGUGUUUACGUUUGUCCACAGGACUCAGAGCAAAAGUCCCACUUUUACAAUGUGUUCUCAUGUUACAUAUACACUAUUCAAUGGAUCAUCAACUGAUCUAGACGUAGCAAUUUUAAGCUACAGCCUGGUCUUUUCUGAGUUACAGAAACACUGGAGUAUUUUAAUGGAAUGUAUAAGGACUCUUUGCACAUAGUAGGUGUCAACCAUUCAGUUAUCAACACCGGCUAAGACACAAACUAGGCUACACCAAGAGAAUACCUGGGAUCAUUUUGCACAAAAAUUCAUAAUGCUCUUUUCAGUUCUGGACGUGACUGUUCUGUCUUUCUCAUGUAGUUGACCUCUUUGUAUGGACACAGAAGAGAUAGAAGCAUGUAGCAAUAAGAGAGAGUGCAGCUUGGGAGAUCUCGCUCUCAUAUCAAAGGAAGAAACAAAUCUCUCUCUCUUUCCUGUUAACUAGCACAGAUUUUCAUAUCAAAGGAAAAAACAAACAUUUAUUGGUUAAAACUAAAGCUGCCCGUCAAAGAUAUUGAUGCUGCAUCGGCUGCUGGGACUGUUAUGGAGCCUUCUUGGAUCCGUGAGGUCAGGGGUCGUGGAUCAGGAAGCCUUUGGUGGCACUUUCCCUGAUGGUAUCACAGUGAAAGCAACAAAACAUCAAUGCCAAACUGUACUGUAGACCUCCCUCCCUUGUCCUCUCUCACUGUCACACACUCUGGACUGUGAAUACUCUUCCGAGUAUUACUAGACCCCCCCCCUCUCCCUCCCUCACUCAAAAAAAACAAAUAACACUUCCUAGUCUUCCUAUCCCUGACUGUGAGACUCCCUCACUGACAUGUAGAUAAUGUGGGUGGCAUGAUUGCAUGUCUUUCCCUGUCUGUCAGAGUCGGUCCAGAUAAUGUAGGGGUUUGUGCUGGACAUUGCAUGAUAGAGUAGCCUAAGGCAUGACACCCCGGUCAUUAUGGAACUGUUACACUGGUUAUGUUAUUGCCUUGGGAGCUCCAAGGGGGAUGGGACUGAAAUCUCUGGUCAACAUAUUGGCAACCACUGGGAACCAUAGAAAUAAACUUACUAUAAUGUAAUUCUAUGUCUAUGCUGGGAACCAUGAAUUAAUAAGGUGGUCUUCAGUUGUGCUUUCUCAUAAGAAUGGAUUCAACUAGAGGUGUGAUCUUUUGUAUUACAGAGUAAAACAAAGUAUAUAAAAAAAGAUUCUUAACAGAUAAAUAAAAAUCAAUAUGAUAUAUGAUGAUGAUGUGUAUAUUUUUUAUAUAGCGCCUGAAGAUAUUUUGUGGUAACACCGGUACCAUUGUGGGUUUAAUAUACAAAGUAUAAUAAAGAUUUUUAUAUAUCUUUGCAGGACCACACAUAUCCCAAUGAGAUGAUCAAUAAGAAUUGGAAAAUGUCUAGAAAGAGUGGAAUGAUCUAUUGCAUGCAUUAAAAAUCAUUUUUUACAUCAUAUUUUACAAACUCAAUAAUUUUUUGUUGACCAAGCUGCAUUUUGAUUCAACUUACUGUAAUAUAAACGCAACAUGCAACAAUUUCAAAGAUUUUACUGAGUUACCGUUCAUAAGGAAAUCAGUCAAUUGAAAUAAAUUCAUUAGGCCAUAAUCUAUGGAUUUCACAUGACUGGGCACAGGUGCAGCCAUGGGUGGGCCUUGGAGGGCAUAGGCCCACCCACUGAGGAGCCAGACCCAGACAAUUUUUUCCCCACAAAAGAGCUUUAUUAAUGACAUAAAUACCCCCCAGACAAUCUCACAGGUGAAGAAGCCAGAUGUGGAGGUCCUGGGCUGGCGUGGUUACACAUGGUCUGCGGUUCUGAGACCGGUUGGACGUACUGCAAAAUUCUCUAAAACAACGUGGGAGGUGGAUUAUGGUAGACAAAUGAACAUUUAAUUAUCUGGCAACAGCUCUGGUGGACAUUCCUGCAGUCAGCUGCCAAUUGCACGCUCCCUCAAAACCUGACACAUCUGUGGCAUUGUGUUGUGUGACAAAACUGCACAUUUUAAAGUGGCCUUUUAUUGUCCCCAGCACAAGGUGCACCUGUGUAAUAAUCCUGUUUAAUCAGCUUCUUUUUAUGCCAUACCUGUAAAGUGGUUGGAUUAUUUUAGCAAAGGAGAAAUGCUCACUAACAGGGAUGUAAACAAAUUUGAGAGAAAUAAGCUUUUUGUGCAUAUGGAAAAUGUGUGAUUUUUUGGGGGGACCAACACUUUACAUGUUCCAUCUUUAUUUUUGUUCAGUGUACCGGUAUAUACAAAAAUUUGGGAAAUAUCCAGCUUUUAGCCAAGGUUUACAUUGGUCAGCACGUUAAUGGUCAUCAUUGUUCAAUGAGAUUGACAGCCAAAUGAAAGAUCAUCAUCAUUCAUGUCACAUAUCUUCAUAAUUUGUUGUGUUUGGCAUCUUCAGACUACAUGUGUUAACACAAAGCAUUUAAUCCAAAUAAUAUUUCAUGUGUGUUCAUCACAUAGAAACAGAUACCUCCAUCAUAUCCUCUGUAGCAUGAUUUUAACACAAGUGGAAUAAGUAGCACAGGUGUAGUGAACCCUUUUCACAUCUCUCACUGUUUUUCAGUAUCCCAUAAUAACCAUUUGCUGUGUAAAUGUCUAACAACGAACGACAUUCUAGUCCUUUACGCAAAAAAAUAUAUAUAUUUCAAAUGUAGCCACUGCGUCUAGACCAAAGCAACGCGUUUGUUUAUGAGUCUUGUUUGUUUUCUUCCUUAGAGUGCAUAAAUAUACAAUUAUAUAUUUGUGUAUUUAGUGUUUUGUUUAUUAAUCUGUGGUGUUUGUAGUCAUUCAUGUAUAUUUUCAUGCUGUAAAUUUCUUCGACAAAAUGACUUUUUAUGAAAAGAUACACAAUGUC